UUUUCGAGCACGGUAGGAUCUAUUCCACUCUUUUUAAGCUUCCGUUCCUGACUCCCAGGCGGCCAGGCCCAAGAGCUAUUUUUUGGAACCCUAGCUCACGACUGCUCUCCUUUUCGGCUCUUCUGUGAUUGGUCCAAGAUGAAGCUCGUCAGGUUUCUGAUGAAGCUGAGCAACGAAACUGUCUCGAUUGAGCUCAAGAACGGGACCAUUGUCCAUGGCACCGUCACCGGUGUGGAUAUCAGCAUGAACACACACUUGAAGACUGUGAAACUAACAUUCAAGGGGAAAAAUCCUGUUUCCCUUGAUCACCUCAGUGUGAGAGGCAAUAACAUUCGGUACUAUAUCCUACCUGACAGCCUGAACCUUGAGACUUUACUUGUCGAGGAAACACCUCGGGUGAAGCCGAAAAAGCCUACUGCUGGGAGAUCACUGGGCCGUGGUCGUGGCCGGGGGCGCGGUCGUGGACGAGGCCGUGGUCGUUAGCCUCAUCAAUUUUCAGAUUUUAUUUCUGCAUCAGCUUAUGUUCAAAUACCUUGCUGUUAUUGUCAAUACUAUUUAUGCUCAAGACAGCAAGCAAGGCUGUUUUAGCUCCAAGGAAACUCCGAUAUUUUAAUUAGCCAAACCUCAAAUCCACCAGAAGUCAUCAUGGAUUUUGGUUUUAGCUUUUUUUGGCGGUUUGUAAAGUGUGUUCUUGUUGGAUUAGCUGAUAUUUAACUUAUCCUGCAAUUUAAUCUUGUUCUUUGUAUCUAGUAUGAUAGUAUCUUCAUUUUUUA